AUGCAACGUGUUCAAUUUAGUUUUCAAGAAGUGAUAUAUUUUUUAUUUAUUGGUUUUCUUGCUUAUGGAACUCAAUUAGCUAAUCAACUUUCACUUGAAUAUCUUGUUCCUAUAAUAAUUAUAACACCUCUUUCGAUAUUUUUAUUUGUUGCAAAAAAAAUUGGUCUUAGUUAUCAUGAUUAUCUUGCAACGGAACUUUUACUAUUAUUUACAUCAUUUUGUAUUGCAUAUGGAUAUACUCAAGUUCAAACUAGAAAAAUUUCUUUACUUUACAAUGUUAUAUAUUUUUCUGGGAAUUUUUCUAAUCCUAGUAUUCUAUCAACAUAUUCUUUUGAAUUACUCGGAAUUUAUCUUCUUGGAAUGGUUAUAGCUUUGCUUGUAUCACUUAUUAUCUUUCCUCUUUUUGCUACUUUUGAUAUUGAAAAUCGGUUUAAUUAUUCUCUAUCAAAACUUCAACGUAUGCAUACAUUGAUUAUUCAAGCAUUUCUUUGUUCAGAUAAAAUGAGUGCACAUAUGUUAUUGACAAGAGCAUCAUUGAUAGAAAAUAUGGUUCAUAAUACAUUAACUCCAAUUCAAAUGAAACUUGAUGAAGCUCAUUUUGAACCAGCUCGAUUGUUACAAAAAAUAUUCAAUCGAAAACACAUACAUAUUAUUGAUUUGAUAUUACAAAGUAAUUAUUUCUUAAUUAAAA